AUGUCUUGGCUCCUCAUCACCACCACGGUCCUCUCCUCACUCAUGGUGCGCGAUGCCGAAACGUGGGGUGUGAACGUCAAGUACGCGGUGAACUGCCCGGACAGAUGCAACCCGUCGGUGUGCGGAGCUCCGAGCUGCAGCCGGACCGUCCUGGAUGACUGCGGGUGUUGCAUGGUGUGCGCUGCGGGGAGAGGCGAGCACUGCUACCGCACCGUGUCGGGGAUGCACGGGGUGAAGUGUGGACCGGGAUUUUUCUGCGAGUUCUACAAGGAUGAGGACGACUACGGAGACGAGUACGGGGUCUGCAAAGCAGACACUGAAGAAAUUGAUGCAAUGGCUAAUAAGAAACUGGCUGAAGACAUUGAAGAAAUUAAGAAGGCUCUGGGCUUCAUGUCACAGGAAAUAACUCAAGUGGCAACCGAACAAAGAGGCCUAAAGGAAUUGCUGGAGGAAAUUAAACAACUGAAAAAAGAGGCACAAGAAUUGAUGACUUAG